AUGCGAGUUUUUGCAUUGUAUGCUACCUGGCUCUUUGCCUGGGAUGAUGGAACAAAUCCACCGAUUCCAGCUAAUUUUGAACCUUUUGCUCACUUAAUAGCGGUUGAUUUCGGUGAUUUUGAUGAAGGAUACCAGCAACGAGAGCUACUGCGCAUCGAAACCUCGAACAGCAUUCGCAAAAGCCUUCUUGACGAGUAUACAGUUGAGGAUCCGGCCCAUAUUGCUCCCAAUUUUGCACUGGCGCAGUCAUUCUACAUGAUAGGUGUGCAAGUCCGAGAAAGCACGAAACUCAUAGUGAAGUUGCAGAACUGUUUUGAAAAGGGUGUUAUAUUUGGUAUAGAUGAAUAUAUGGCCCUCCGGAUGGAUGCUUCUGCUAUUUACCCCACAAUAGCUCUUAGCCUAUUGUCACAAGAUAUGGAUGUUCCAGAGUGGCUGCUUGACCACACCCUGGCGAAGGAAAUGAUGAGGCACAUCAAUAUCAUGGUAUCGCUCGACAACGACAUUGUUUCUGCAAGACAUGAAGUGGAACUUGAACCCAGACUUCUUAAAAUCGGAGCCGAACAUGAUAUCAUAGACAAAGUUCACGCAUUUCUGAGGUGCUGCAAGAAUGAACGUAUCGGACUUAUCAAUUGGCUGUAUACCAUCAAGCGGUAUUUCGAUUUCCGGCCGUCGAAUGGAAAUACUCAUAUUGAGGUAACUCUCGGCGACUAA